CCAACCACCCCUUCCCUCCUAAUCUUCUUCCGUGACCGCGUCCAUGCCACCGGGUGCAGUGUCUGUCAUUGGAUGCCCUUCAGCCAACUGUCUAGAGCCCUAGGGGCCAGUCGCUAUCUCAGCUUCCCUUGAUUCAAUGAUCGACUGUACAGACAAUUGUCCCGGGUUCUCUCUCCUGGUUGACUCCUCACCGGCUCCAGCAUCAUUAUGGUUCAUCAUGAACCUCAAUCCAAACACCCGCAACACUCGACUCACUCCGGCCCGGCUCUCAACGGAUUUGGCCAUCUGCCCUUCAGCCUUGAUUCGAGAGUCGGGAGCCAAGGACGAAGUGGCCCAGCGAAGCCCUCUCGUCCCUGCUCCUCCUCCCGAAGCCCCUCGACUUUCGGUCGAACCCCUUUAACAAGUCUAGCUAGCCUUCUGCUCCUCGAUGUCCAAGGCGACCUUGCUUCUCUUGGCCGCCCAGGGUCAGUCAACCCUCGCUCGACUCAAGCAGGCCAAGCUCGGCAGUCUCUGCAAUACCCCGGAGCGUUACCGACCACGAUCAUGCGCGUACAGUACCCGUAUCUCUCUCUCUCUCACACACACACACACACACAACAAGACAAUGCUCAGCCUCGAUUCAUGCCAUCUCUGAUCAGUGGCGGAACACGCACCCCGAAAACAUGCUGCAACCCUACAAAUUCGUCCCUGAGCCGCUGCUCCUCCGUCCUCGCCCUUUCCCGGCCGGCGGCUUUCACGCACCCCCUCACCUUUGUGCAACCAUUCUCCUUGUCCCCCUCCACUGUCUCCAGAGAAACCUGGUCCACGCUAGAGAACUAG